AUGUGGAUCGGUGCAGAGUGGGAAGCUAUAGAUGAGGUAGAGCGUCAGGCGGAAGCAGCGUUGGUUCAGAAUCAGCAGGCAUUUUCACUGUCUGGUGACGUCAGGUAA